AAAGGUGUUUCCAACAUGGACGCAAGUGAUGUAGAACUUGAAUCAGAGAACUCACUUUCCUCCAGUCCUCGAACAGCAAGGAAGAACAUCACCUUAAAGUUGAAGUCUGAGAAACAAAGCACCGGAUCCCGGGGCAGACCAAGGAAACAAAGAGUUGGGAAGGACGGUCAGGAUAGUGCAUCAGCAGAUGAUGAUGUUUUGGAGACUUCAAUUUUCAAAACCAUGGAACCUCGGGAACCAAUACACAACAGCAAGAAACUGAAAUGGAACCAUAAGGUGAAUCUUAUUGGAGAGAAGGUGGUCGACCCUCUAAUACACUGCUGUGAGCUAUGCUUCCUCCCCAUCCUCAUCUACGGCAGAAUGAUCCAGUGCAAACAUGUGUUCUGUUUUACCUGUGCCCAAAAAACUGAGAAGUCAUGUGCGAGAUGUGGAGAGACCGUGCAGAGAAUAGAGCAGUCAGCUUUGGGGACAGUGUUCCUGUGUACAUAUGGGGGAUCAAAGCAUGGAAACAAUGGGUGCCGGCGGACAUAUCUCUCUCAGCGUGAUCUGAAUGCCCACAUAGGUCAUCGGCACAUGAAGUCUGAGAUCAAGGACCAGACAGUGGCCAGUGUGGCCCACAAACCUGCAGUGUUACCAGCAGCAGGCGCUGCAUCUAAAGUCGCCACCACAUCUGUAGAGACACAUGCAGCUUUAUUGCAACAGUUUACAGAGGCAAUGCGACAAGUGUCAGCCACAGCAGUGCUGCUUCCCCAGCGCUCCCUGCAGGAGGCCAUAUACCCUGCAGGCCAGGUUCCCCUGGGUCUUACUGUGUCCUCCCCCCACCAGCCUGGGUUGGGACUCACCUCACAGCCAUUUCUCUCAGUCACUGGCUUACAAACUUCACAUCUCAGCACACAGCCUGGCCUUACACACACUGUAGUAUCUUCGUCAGCUGUACGUGAUAACUUCACAUCAGCCAUACCAGUACUUGGGAGCACAAGAGUCAACAAUUUAAUAAGUGUUCCAAUUCAAGAUGAUGAAUACAGCAAGAAACUAGUUCAGCCAUCUCAGCAUCUAUACACAAGCCAUGCAGGGGCAGGGAUCCCUAAUAUCAGCUACCCUCCCCCGAGCUACCCUCCUGUUGGCAGCAUCGCACCUAAUCUUCACCAGCCCCCACCAGGGGUCCCUCCCUUGUACUCCAGUCACCAGACACGCCCUACACCCUCCUUCACCAGCCCCCCGCCCCAGAUGUCAGGGCCUCCCCGUGGCCCCCCUCCCAGGCUUUCAGGGGCCCCACCUCCCCGGUACUUUGAUGGACAGGCACAGAGGGGGCCAUGGACAGGACCUCCCAGACCACAGGGACCAAGAGGUCCACCAAGAGCUGACUAUAAUUAUUACUAGUGCUUUUAACAACAAUUAUUUUAUAUUUUUGAAAAUAAAAGAAAUAUUUAAGUUUGAAGCAUUUAUAGCUCGCUGCUAUGCUUAUUGAGAGUAAAAUCAGUUAAAUUGUAUUUUGAGAGAUAAUUGCAUUGGCACAAUGGCUUUAUCCAUGGACACUGGAACAAAUAACAUGCAUUUGUGUGGAGAUUACAUGAACUCGAUGUUUCUAUAUAUGUGCGUCUUGUUGAUGUUUAUCUAAAUAUCGUUAUUAGCCCCAUCUGCUUUUCAAGGAAAAAGUCAGGUAAUUGUUGGAGCUGUUAUGUAGGUGUCGUGCAUAGCGAAUAAAAUGUUCAAGAUAUUAA